CUGUGGCUGGCUGGACCGCGGGACCGUCACGCACACGGCGCGUGUCGCAUAUUAUUUUCGGAAUUAUUUAUUUCAACCGUUUCAUUUGUGUUUAUCUAUUGAUGUUAUCACACGUGGCGUUCUACUACAGUUAGCGCUAGAAUUACCUGUACACAGCGAAUAAUCGUCAGUGGCUUCAUUACCUGAUUUACGGCUUGAAGACAUGAACAUUUGAGCAGCUCGUAUUCCGGGUAUUCCAUCCUAACUCAGUUACAGUAAUAAGGAGUUUCCGUGCCGUUAUACCUUACCGAACGCAAAGAUGGUUGUGCUGAGGAAACUUGUGCCGCUGGCGAACAAUGGACUGCGGAGCAAAGGAAAUCCGUUCCGGCCGCUGCUCUCGUGCGCCCCCGUGGCCAUGGUGGGCUGGGACCGCGGCGCGCACUCGCAGGACAUCACCAAGAACAUACAGUACAUCUCCAACGAGAAGAUGAAGCUCACUGCCGACCCUAACACUUUGAAACUCGACAAGCAGAUCAACCGUCCCCUUUGCGUGAUGAUUAACUGGCUCCUCGCGCGCCAGAAGCACGUCAUGAAAUACGCCACUCUGUACCUGGAGCAAGGGUUUGACGUGCUUAACGUGUCGUGCACGCCGUGGCAGCUCAUGUGGCCUGUCAAGGGGUCGCAGUUGGUAGCGGGUGACCUGCUGAAAUUCAUCACCGCGAACGACGCCCACUCGACGCUGACGGUGCACGGGUUCUCCGUGGCGGGCUACAUGUGGGGCGAGCUGUGCGUGCACGCCCUCAGGGACCCUAAAACUUACCAGCCCGUCCUGGACCGCAUAUCGUGCCAAGUGUGGGACUCGGCGGCCGACAUCAGCGAGAUCACCAUCGGGGUGCCCAAGGCCGUGUUCCCCAAGAACCAUAUCAUGCAGAAGACCCUCAGGACCUAUAUGGAAUACCACAUGAAGGCGUUCCAAGAGCCGGCGACGCGGCACUACAUCCGCUCGUCGCAGAUGUUCCACACGAACCCGUGCCGCGCGCCCGCGCUGUUCCUGCUGUCGCGCUCCGACCCCGUCGGCGCGGAGCCCAGCAACCGCGCCGUGCACGACAGCUGGGUGGCCAUGGGCACCAAGUGCACCUGGAAGUGCUGGGAGAAGUCGCCGCACGUGCAGCACUACACGCACCACCCGAAGGAGUACCUGGCCGCCCUGUACGAGCACCUCGACAAGUACGGGCUCGUCUCGCAGCCCGAGAAGAUGCGCAUGCGGUUAUAACUCGAGGGAAACUCGACCUUGUGUCCAGGGAAUAACGUCUAGGCUAAAAACAUGACAUGUUUAGUCGACGUCGAAGAUAAUAAGAGUUUCCGCGCUCGAGUUUUUCACUAUACUUCGUUUUUUUUAGCAUUAGAAAUUAGGUAAACAAUCUUGAUGUGUCUUUUAAUUGAAAAACACAUUGUAUAAAUAAGUUACGGCAAAUACGUAACAAUUAUGAAUCUAAUACGAUCACUUAUAUUCUGCUGCUUUCAUAAGUAAUAGUUAUUGAUUUUUAAAAAGCGUUUUUCAAUUAAAAGACAUGCCAAGAUCGCUUAUCUUCUUUCAAGUUCUUUCUAAUGCUAAAAAAACGAACUAUAGAUGACAGCACCGUGGCGAGAGGUCUAGCUGUCAUAUCCACCAAUCAUGUUUAACCAUGUUGUUCUUUAUUGGUGGAUUUUGACAGCAGCUGUCGUCACGGUGCUGCCAUCUAGUGAAAAUCUCGAUAGCGAAAACCCUCAUUCGUCAGGGGACAACCAAAUCUUAUUUACUAUACUAGUGACCCGCCCCGGCUUCCCACGGGUUACAUAAAACCUUAAACAAGUGCGAGUCGGACUCGCGCACGAAGGGUUCCGUACCAUAAUGCGAAAAAAAAGCAAAAAAAAAACGGUCACCCAUCCAAGUACUGACCACUCCCGACGUUGCUUAACUUUGGUCAAAAAUCACGUUGUAUGGGAGCCCCAUUUAAAUCUUUAUUUUAUUCUGUUUUUAGUAUUUGUUGUUAUAGCGGCAACAGAAAUACAUCAUCUGUGAAAAUUUCAACUGUCUAGCUAUCACGGUUCGUGAGAUACAGCCUGGUGACAGACAGACGGACGGACGGACGGACGGACAGCGAAGUCUUAGUAAUAGGGUCCCGUUUUACCCUUUGGGUACGGAACCAUAAAAAUUAUAUACCUAAACCUGCCUCAAGAAUCACUAGUGAUAGGUGAAAACCGCAUCAUGAAAAUCCGUUCAGUAUUUUUUGAGUUUAUCGCGAAUAUACAAUAAUACAGACGCGGCGGGGGACUUUGUUUUAUAAGGUGAUUGCAAAAAAAUAGCUAAACAAAAAUCAACCUUGUUUUAUUACUAGUACGAUUCACUAUAGCUUAGACUUAGAGUUGUAGUAAUUAUGAAUUUUUGUUGUCACCUGACGAUUAUGUUUACACUUGUGCACCUUAGGCCCACUUGCACCAUUCCACUAACCCGGGGUUAAGCGGUUAAACCGUUAACCUAGUGUCAAACUGUACUGGUAACCAUGGUAACUCCAGGUUUAACCGGUUAACCCCGGGCAAAUGGAAUGGUGCAAGUGGGCCUUACUGAUUUACAAUAACACUACCAUUUUUGUAGAAAGUUCACAGAGGACGUUACUAUAGUGUAAAUGUUUUAAAGAUGUGUAUAUCAUAUUUUCUGGACAUAAUGUGUAUAAGGGUGGUAUUCCACCUGUCCAAUUUCUUUGUCCAACGUGUAUUGCCUCUCACAUUUUGCUUUAAUGAGAGAGUGAGACGCACUGACAUUGGACAAAGAUAUUGGACAGGUGGAAUCAUUUUAUUAAUUAUCGACUCUUCUUUUGAUUUAUGAGUCCAGGCCCCAAUUUCACAUCGGUGACAGGUGCGACGAAUUGUAAAAUCACUGUUGCUGACGUCACAGGCUUCCAUGGGCUACGAUUACCACUUACCAUCGGGCGGGCCGUGUUCCUGUU